GAGCUUGAAUUAUUGAUGAGAGCAAUGGCGCUGCCACCAGCCUGGAGUGAGAUGCGUGCGGGAAUCCUGCUCCUGUCGGUGCUCAGCCUGCUCAGUGCCAGGCUCGUGGGGGCUGGCCAGGACUCCGGGAGUGCCAUUCCUGCAGAAAGCCGUCCCUGUGUUGACUGCCACGCGUUCGAGUUCAUGCAGAGGGCGUUGCAGGAUCUGAAGAAGACAGCGUAUAACCUCGACACGCGGACAGAAACCCUCUUCCUGAGAGCAGAAAAGAGAGGUCUGUGUGAUUGCUUUCGUGCAAUACACUGAAAUAAGCACUGGGAUUUGGCCUAUGGACAUUUAUUCAUUUAAAAAAUGCUAUUCAGUAAAUUACAGGAAGAUACAGAGUGCAAGUUGUGCCCCACCAUACAGAAAAUCAUUUUUAUCAAAACAGGUAUUUCUUAGAUUAUUUUUGCUUUGUUGUGGUUUUAUCAUUACUCUAUGUGAUAUUGCAUCUGCUGAAAUGUCAAGAGAAGAAACAGUGCCAAAGUCUUGCUUAUGGAUUUUAUACAAGGAUAGCAUCCUGCUUUUUUGGUAUUUCGAGCCAAAAAUUGUCCUUGGACUCUCAGGCCAACCU